UAUAUAUUAUAAAUAUUUAAAUUCAUAUUAAACUCCUAAAAAAUAGCAGGGAGAUCCAUAAAAUAUCGCAAUGGUGACGAAGCAGGUCCAAUACAAGGAGGACGCUGUAGAUAAAAACAAACAGCCCUCGUUAAAUAAAUCUAACAGUGAAUCGCAGACCCUGGCAAUUCAAAAGGCCCGGGAAAAAAGUGCCAUACUCUCAAAAGCGAGGGAAAUCUUCUCACAGCAGUUCCCAACUGCAUAUCCUAUGGAAUACGAGCUUUGGGGGAAGGAUUUGAUGCAUAACUUGUGGAGAAGAUGUACAGUAGUCCAUGCAAGGCCUGUGGACCCAAAUAAGGAAAUCGCAUUUUUAAAACCAAAUGAGUAUGACUACUACAUACACUGGCUAGGCCUAGAUCGUAGACUUGACUGCUGGUUGACUAUAGAAAAUAUAAGAACUAUGGAACAGGGGCCUCCCAAAGGAGCCCAAGUAAUCCACGAUAUUGAGCCUGAGUUCCAUCACGACCAUACAGGAAUUGACGAUGAAUACCUGAGGGAGCAUGAAAUUAACACUAAAUUAAAAACUAUUAGAAGAAUUAAACUAGGGCCUUUCCUUGUUGAUACUUGGUACUUCUCUCCAUACCCACCUCCAUAUCAAAAUAUCGACACUCUCUAUAUUUGUGAAUUCUGCCUCUCGUUCUUCAGAUACGAAGAGGAGUUAAACUUUCAUAUUAUUCACUGUGAACUAAGACAUCCUCCAGGAAAUGAAAUUUACAGGGAUGACAACCUUGCAAUGUUUGAAGUUGACGGAGCCAUGAGUACAGUGUACUGUGAAAAUUUAUGUUUCCUGUCAAAGUUAUUCCUGGACCAUAAGAGCUUAAGGCAUACUGUCUUUUUGUUUAUUUUCUACGUCAUGACAGAGUUUGACGAGAACGGAUACCAUAUCACAGGUUAUUUUUCAAAGGAAAAACACUCUAAAAACAACGUUUCUUGUAUAUUAUCACUUCCACAGCACCAGAGAAAGGGAUACGGAAAGUAUCUAACUGCGUUUAGUUACCUUCUUUCGAAAAAGGAAGGGAAAACUGGUACACCUGAAAGACCACUGUCGGACCUUGGAAAGGCUUCCUAUAUGUCAUAUUGGUCUGAAGUUUUACUGGAAAUACUCUUUGACCCAAAACACGAAAAUUUGACAAUACAGGAUCUUUCUCAAAUGACUGCUUUUGAGCCAAAUGAUAUCAUUUCUUGUCUGGAAGAGCUUGGAAUACUGCACACACUCUCGAAUGGAAACUCGGUAAUAACCAUACUUCCUGAAAAGAAGAGAGAAUUACUCUCUAAAUCGAGAACCAAAACCAGGAAAUUGUACAUGGAAAAACUCCAUUGGAUACCAUACGACGCACAUAAUGAACUAACACCCGUGUAAUCUAGUUUAAUGUA